UUCAUAAUUGCUUUGUGCUACAGUUUUCGCCCAAUUGUUCUGUCGGCCGACUCGGAAUACGCCAGCUUUUAAUAGAACUUUUGUCCUUGAACCAACCGGGUCCGCAGCAUCUCCACAAUGGUUGGCUCCCGACCCCCGACAUUCAAGCAGGAGCAUUCCCUAGAUAAGCGGAAAGCGGAGGCCGCACGCAUCAAGGAGAAGUACCCAGACCGAAUUCCAGUCAUUGUCGAGAAGGCAGAGCGCAGCGAUAUCCCCGAUAUCGACAAGAAGAAGUACCUGGUGCCUUCAGACCUGACCGUCGGGCAAUUUGUGUACGUCAUCCGCAAGCGGAUAAAGCUGAGCCCCGAGAAGGCCAUCUUCAUUUUCGUGAAGAACGUGCUUCCCCCGACUGCCGCGCUCAUGUCAUCCAUCUAUGAGGACCACAAGGAUGAGGACGGCUUUCUGUACAUCACCUACAGCGGCGAGAACACGUUCGGUGCCGGGGAGCAGCUGCAGCUGCCUGUGGAGGAGCUGGCGUUGUGAGGGGAGCGGUUGUGCCGACAAGAGGGAGUUACUGAAGUAGCGAUGGGGCAAUGCAAGCGGCGAGCGCUUGCGCGGUGGUAGGUGGUUUAUAGGGCAUGGGGGCGCGUGGAAGCAGCUGCUGGGUGCGCGGUGUUGGCGUGUGCAGGACAGCAGGCAGAAGCGCUAGCGUGUUGUACAGUCAAGGGAACGAGGCGCAAGCGUCAGGUGGUGUGGAUAAGUCCAGUUCAGGCUGUGGCUGACGGGGCCUGCGGACGCGGGGUUUGACCUGGACGAUUGUGCGUGUGGAACUGAUGUAGUGGCGCCACGUACCGUAUUGCUGUUGCUAACGAGGUCCGGCAGCACUUAAAUCUGAUAAUCUGUAUGCAAAUGGUCACCAGCCGCGGCAACGUAUUCAGUUGAUUGCCGCCGGCAGUUGUACAGUAUCUAAAAUUGUUCGGGCGAUGCAUGUAGACUAAUGUGGGCUCAGUUUGCUUUCCUUCGGAGAGGAUACUGCCUCCUCGCCUUCUCCCUGGGACAGGGCUGCGUAAUGCGCUGGGAAGGCUUGCCUUGAUGAGUGGUACGGGACACUUGUGGCACGUGUGGACGGUCAUCGGGAUUGCGCGCUUGGCGCCCAACUGGGGUACCAAUGGUUAUGCCAUGUGUAACUGUCUGCACCAGUUGCCGUC